AGCAUCCACCAUCUUGGACACGGCGAAGUAGUGUAGGUUUCACUCUGUAUUUCGUGUUUUGGCUCCAGCAAUUCAAACAUGAGUCGCAAACAAACUCCAAGUGACUUCCUAAAGCAAAUCAUAGGCCGUCCUGUUGUGGUGAAGCUCAAUAAUGGCGUUGACUACCGAGGAGUGCUUGCCUGCCUUGAUGGUUACAUGAACAUUGCUCUAGAACAAACAGAGGAGUAUGCUAAUGGGCAGUUGAAAAACAAAUAUGGCGAUGCUUUUUUGAGAGGAAACAAUGUGCUGUACAUCAGUACACAAAAGACAAGCCGAAGAUGACAACGAGAGGGUGUAUAAAGGAAAAAAUCAGACCGCAUGAUCCCACAAAAAGUGUAGUUGUUAGUCUGCUCAGAAUUCCCUGUAAAUAAUCGAUGUUUUCGUAUUUUCUAAUAAACUUUUCUU